AUGAAUGUGCAGACGUUGUUGGAGAAUCUUGAUAAAGUACUGACCUGUUCUGUGUGCCAUUGCACUUUCACUGAUCCAAAGCAGCUGCCGUGCUUGCACACCUUUUGCCUUCACUGCUUAAACGAAAUUCUGCGAACGAGCGGGAGCCGAUCUACUAUUUCAUGCCCGGAAUGCAGGAAGGAUAUUCCGGUCCCUGAGAGUGGAAAUUUCAGCGAGUUGCCCACAGACUUUCGCAUGAACAGUUUGCGCGAUGUGCGGGCGAUCAAAGAGGGCAAGGAAAAUGUAAAAUGUGGGAAUUGUGAACAAGUCAAUGCGCAUGGCCAAAGCUUUUACUGUUUCGAGUGUCGUUCUUUCUGGUGCGAGAAGUGUAUCGUGGCGCAUAACACAAUGAAAGCAAGCAAACAGCACAGGUCUCUGGCGCUGGAAGACUUCAAAACUGAAGACUUUGAGUCCGUGUUAAAGCGACCCGAGCGACCUGCGUUUUGCCAGAAGAGAAAUCACGAGAGAGAAGAGCUGAAGUUAUUUUGCAUAAGAUGCGUAGUUGCCAUGUGUUCCGUGUGUAGUUCGUUGGAUCACGAGGGCCAUCUUAAAGUGCAUAUUGAAGACGCAGCCAAUGAACGUAGAAUGCAAUUUAGGUCUGCGAUUGAGGAACAGAAAGAGAAGAUGCUUCUGAAGAGGAGUAAAAUAACCAAAAUUAAAGAGAUUUGUUCUAAAAUGCAAGAGGAAGUCAUAAACACGAAACAGGACGUGCAGGGGUGUGUUGACAAUUUAGUAUCGGUCAUCGAAGCGAAGAAACAAGACAUUUUCUCACGUAUGGAGGAAAAAAUGAAAGAAUCUAAAAAACGCCUAGAGAACCAACGACGUGAGUUGGAACUUGACUUUCAAUGGAUUGAGAAAGAAGUCGCGAAGACAGAGUUGCUUUUAAAGGAAAGAACAAGCGCUGAGAUUGUGCGGUUAGAAGCAAUCUUUCAGGAAAGAGUGAGAGAUGACGGAGACACGAUGGUUGACUGUGACCUUGAACGUUUUCGUCGACUCUUUUUCAAAGGGAACGAGUUGCUGAUGCACAUUCUGAACACUGAAGGGAUUGGUUCAUUCCAGACCUUUCUCAGCGGAACUGAAUCUCAACAAACUACUGCUGUAGGAGAGGGUAUCACUGAAGCGAUUUAUGGCCUCGAAAGCGGGUUUGUUGUUACGACUCGAAAUUCCGCGGGACAACAGUCUUACGAAAAGUUGGAUGUCGUAACAUUAAAAAUCCAGAACUCUCAAGGACAUGACUCCGCGGUCGUAAGUCAAAUUCAAGAUAACAAAAACGGCACUUACAAUAUCACCUACUUUCCCAAAGAAAUCGGAACGCACGAGGCAUCCGUGGAGGUGAAUGGGAAACAUAUUGAUGGCAGUCCUUUUAAAGUUGAAGUCAAGCCCAGGCAGUUCAGUCCCCUCUUAUCUUUAGCAGGGCAUGGCUCUAUUCCUGGAAUGCUUAUCAAACCUUGUGGAUUGGCCGUCAAUGAGCUAAACGAAAUUAUAGUAACUGACACGGGUAACAACCGUGUGCAAAUACUACGUGGUGACGGCAGCUAUGUCAGAGAAUUCGGCAGAGCAAAGAAGGCUUUGAUCUUUCCAGCUGGCGUAGCCCUUGACAGAUAUGGGAACAUCUUCGUAGUAGACUGUAACGACCAUCGAGUAAAUAUGUUCAAUGGUCAGGGUAAACUCCUUUGCAAGUUUGGAGGCCAAGGAAGCCUUGAUCACCAGCUCAACAAUCCACACGGAGUAUCAGUUGACAGUGACGGAAAUAUCAUGGUGGCUGAUUCAGGCAAUAAACAAGUCAAGAUCUUUUCUUCCACCGGCCAGUUUGUGGAUAAAUUCGGUGGGAAGGACUUAUUCGUCAACCCUUAUGACGCUGUCGACAAUGACAAACAUAUUUUUGUGUUGGACAGAGGUGAUCACUCCAUCAAAGUGUUCAGUAAGGUCGGGUGUAAGAGUAAUUACCGUUACAAAAUUGGUGGGGAAGGGGAAGGGGAUGGAAAAUUCAAGGAACCCUGGAGUUUUUCAUUCAACAACGUAGGGCAUCUAAUGGUCUGUGAUUCAUACAACCACAGAAUUCAGUUGUUUGAACCGGGCGGGAAGUUCUUAGCAAAAUUUGGAACGAAAGGCGAGGGCAAGGGGGAGUUUAAGAAACCGACCAAAGCAGCUGUUCUUCGUGACGGUAAAAUUAUUGUCUCCGACUUUCACAACCACACUAUUCAGGUGUUUGAGUAG